AUGCUGUAGCUUGUGGUUUAUUUUUUUCCUUUCCCUCAUGGCUCAGUCUGACAUCAGUAGAAGAGGGGAGACUCAGAACUAAGAAUGUGCCUCGUUCCUCUUGGAGACAGAGGGCUUCUCCUAUUUUUCCGUCUGUCGUAACCCCUCCAAGAGCAAGCCGCUGCCUGCUAGAUUCUGGCUUCAGGAAUUUCUGUCCUCGGAACAACUUACAGGCUUUGGAGGGGGAACAUUUUGUAACCUCGGCUCUGAAAACAGCCACUUGUACCAGGAUCGCUGCCUUCUAAUAUCCGUCAGUCUUAAUCAGAUGGAUUUGCGGGCAUGGAGAGCGUAGGGAAGGACCCGGUUCCUGCUGACAGAGAAGGCUGGCUGCUGACCCAGGGCGUGUCUCCAGGAGGCUGGCCAGGCUGCCCGGUUCCCCACCUCGCCGCCAUGGGCCGCCCAGGCUGCCUCCUGCAAGGCACCCGGGAAUGUUCCUGCUGCCGGCCAGCCACAGCCUGGGCAUCAAGAGAGAGUGUGGGUCCGAGGGCAGCCGUGCUAGUCAGACCAGCCGAUUCCUGCUGGAGGCUCCUGACAUCUGGGGAGAUGACGUCGGCGCCCCCCGACUGCCUGCUGCGGCUGCUCCGGGGCACCCCGAGGCAGCGAGUCUGUACCCUGUUCAUCAUUGGCUUCAAGUUCACCUUCUUUGUCUCCGUCAUGGUCUACUGGCAUGUUGUGGGAGAGCCCGGGGGCCAAGGACAACUCUCUAACCUGCCUGUGGACAUCCCCUGCCCCCACAUGGUCCCCCCAACCCCCCCGCCCCCUGGCACCCUGCCUCCAGGCAACAUCUUCUUCCUGGAGACCUCUGACCGGACGAACCCCAACUUCCUGUUCAUGUGCUCCGUGGAGUCAGCCGCCAGGGCGCACCCCGAGUCCCCGGUGGUGGUCCUGAUGAAGGGACUGCCUGGCGGGAACGCCUCCCGCCCGCGGCACCUGGGCCUCUCGCUCCUGGGCUGCUUCCCCAACGUCCAGAUGCGCCCCCUGGACCUGGAGGAGCUCUUCCGGGAGACGCCCCUGGCCGCCUGGUACGCGGCCGUGCAGCGGCGCUGGGAGCCCUACCUGCUGCCGGUGCUCUCAGACGCCUCCAGGAUCGCGCUGCUGUGGAAGUUCGGCGGCAUCUACCUGGACACGGACUUCAUCGUCCUCAAGGACCUGAGGAACCUGACCAACGCGCUGGGCACCCAGUCCCGCUACGUCCUCAAUGGCGCCUUCCUGGCCUUCGAGCGGCACCACGAGUUCAUGGCGCAGUGCAUGCGCGACUUCGUGGCCCACUACAACGGCUGGAUCUGGGGCCACCAGGGCCCGCAGCUGCUCACGCGGGUCUUCAAGAAAUGGUGCUCCAUCCGCAGCCUGAGCGAGAGCCGCGCCUGCCGCGGCGUCACCACCCUGCCCCCCGAGGCCUUCUACCCCAUCCCCUGGCAGAACUGGAAGAAGUACUUCGAAGACAUCAGCCCCCAGGAGCUGACCCGGCUACUCAAUGCCACCUUCGCGGUCCACGUGUGGAACAAGAAGAGCCAGGGCACGCGCUUUGAGGCCACGUCCAGGGCCCUCCUGGCCCAGCUCCAUGCCCGCUACUGCCCCACGACGCACAAGGCCAUGAAGAUGUACUUGUGAGGGGGCCUGCCAGCUCACCUGCCUGCACGUGGCAGAGAGGAGCUCUGGAGCCCGCCUUCCCAGGGGAGGCUAGAUGGGAGGGCUAGAGAUGGGGAGGCUGGGCCUCUGCAGCCCCAGGGUCUGGGGCAGGUGGUGGGGAGGAUGGGGAACUGUUGGCCAGAGAGCUGUUACUGGAGGGCGCACUGCGGCGCCUGCGGCCUGCUCUGGUGGGCCACCCCCUGGGCCCGCCUACCGUCACAGGGUUGAGACGACCAGUGGUGAGGGGAGUGUCUCCAGACAGAAUGAGCUGGAGUGAGCUGGCUGAGCACACCUGGGUCUUGUUCACAAUGGGCAAGCCUGGUGAAUAUGAAAGCACCUCGCAGAGUGGCAGGCUGGGCUGAAGUGCCCAUAAGGUUGGGGGU